GUUAAAUGUAUUUAAUAAUAGUUCUGGUACAUUUAUCUAUGUUACUUAUAUAUCAUCUAUUACGAUUUUAUUACCUUUUGGUUCAAAAUUCUAUUCAGUGUUGUUCCUGGUUGUACAAUUGUACAAAAAGUUGUACAAUCAGUUAUGUGGUUGUACGCACUUUUGAAAAAAGGUAGAAAUGUGUUGUACAAUUUGAAGUUGCUAAAUAUUUAUGUAAAAUCUGAUAUAUCGUAAAUCGUAUGCAUUAAAAUUAAUAAAACAAUGUUUGAAUUUGGCGCCAUUCACGACCAAUCAGUACACCGUUUUACAUCGAAAACAUUUUUUAAACUGGAUAAUAGAAGAAUUUUAAGCAUUGGGAAGUAGUAAACUAAUUAGAGGUUGUACAAUCGAACGUAAAAGUGUACAAUUUUGACCAGAUUUUGACAUUAAAAGUUGUACAAUCCCAAAAUCCCUAGGAACACACUGAUUCUAUUACGAAAAAAUUAAUUGGUGUGGCAACACUGUAUGUCUGUCUCAAAUGUCCAUAUAUCUCAAAUAUUCGAAUAUUUUUGUUUUGGAUAUUCGAUAUGGAUAAUGAAAACUGUGUUAUCUAUGGUUUAGAGUUUCAGGCCAGAGCUUUAACACCCCAGUUGGCGGAAACAGAAAAAAUAGGGUUCCUAAUAGGUACCCAGUCAUUAAAACAAACAAAUAAUCAAAUUCAUUUAAUUGAAUUCAAUGAAGAGAUAUCUACAUUAAAAACAUCUGUAUUCCAUCAUUCGGAGGGAGAAAUUUGGAAAAUAACAUCAAGUCCAACAGACCCUUUGAAAAUAGCUACUUGUUAUAAUGCUCUUACUGGGGAAAAUGGUUGUAUGAUGAAAAGUGCAAUUUUAAAACUUCCUGAAUCUGAAAACCAUGACACCAUAGAAAAUCUGGAAAUUGUAACUAAAUUUGAUUUCUCUACUUUAGGAACUGAUAUUAAAACAACUGAAUUCCACCCUAAUGAAACAUCUACAGCUGCCUCUCUCACUGAUACUCACCUUGUUUUAUGGGAUAUAUCGGAAUCUGAAGGAAGAGCUGUUAGUAAUAUAGCUUUGGAAGGAAAAAAUAAUCCAAAGUUUACGAAUGGAAAAUGGAAUCCUCAUCAAAACUGUAAUCAAUUUAGUACUGCUACUGAAACACAUAUAAAAACCUAUGACAUUCGAUCUGGAGAACUAGCCUGGAAUAUUGAUAAUGCACAUUGUCAAUAUAUAAGAGAUAUGGAUUACAAUAUGAACAAACUGUACCAUUUAGCCACUUGUGGAGAUGAUGGGUUUUUAAAAAUCUGGGACUACAGGCAACCAAGUCUACCAAUAUUUUCUAGGAGUGAUCAUUCACAUUGGAUAUGGUGUGUAAGAUUCAAUCCUUUCCAUGAUCAGUUAAUACUUACAGCCAGUUCAGAUGCGAGAGUAUUGCUCUCUAGUGCAGCAAGUGUAAGCUCAGAAAAUAUUAGUGAAACCCUAAUAACAGAGGAUAGGGAAGGUUUGGAUUCAAAACAAACAUUAAAAGAUGGACCUCUUCAGUGGUGUGAACAUGAAGAUAGUGUAUAUUGUGUUGAAUGGUCUCCAGCAGAACCAUGGAUUUUUGCUUCCCUUAGUUAUGAUGGUAGACUUUUGAUAUCCCAUGUUAAAAAAUCAUUGAAAUAUCAAAUAUUAUUGUAAAAUCAUUUUAUCUUAAAUAUUAUAGGUAUAGAUGUUAUUUAUAAGAAUUUAUAUAUUAAAUUAUAAAUCUAA